UGAUGUUUUGUAGAUUGGUUGUGAUGCAAAACAUUAGAUGAUCGACAGAAAUAUAUGUUCUUUCUAUUUCAAUACGCACCAAAUUCGUCAAAGUCGGACCGUAUGCAUAAAAUCUCUUUAUUUUGGCACCAUGAAUGUAAUUAAUUUCAUAAGCUUGUUUAAUGCAGGCAUUCCUGGUGAUGGAAGAUGUUUGUUUCGCUCUGUAGUUCAUGGUGCUUUGCUGAGGUCAGGGGGGAAGCAGUCUCCAAAUGAAAGCCGGCAGAAAGAACUUGCAGAUGAGCUCAGAGCUAGAGUUGCAGAUGAAUUCAUCAAGAGGCGGGCAGACACUGAAUGGUUCCUUGAGGGUGAUUUUGACAACUAUGUUGUGCAGAUGCGGCAGCCUCAUAGUUGGGGAGGAGAACCGGAGCUGCUCAUGUGCUCACAUGUCCUACAGUGAGUUUUCUUUUCUUGUAGCUUUCUGCUUCAAACUUCUUUCUGACGGUGUGCUUGUGUUUGUUCUCAUGCAGUCAUAUAUGUAUAUAUAGUAGAAGAUAUAUUCAAUUC